CUGAAAUGUUGUAUUGCAGACUGUUGCGUUGGUGCAACAAGGACGCCAGAAAUUGUGUCGACACAUCGCCGAGUAUGAACUGUGCGGGAAGCGAGCCUCUAAUUUGAAAUAUCUAAGUGAAGGUUUGCUGGCCGGAACGAUGGGAAAGGAGCUGAGAGAAAUACGUGCUCAAUGGAAAUUCUUCGAGAAAAGCCUUUAUCGAGAAUUCGAAGAAGUAGACGAUUUGCUGGAAGAGUUUCUGCCGUACAAUGAACAUGCCGAAGAUAUUAGCGAUGAAUUGAUGGCUGAGCAGCUGCAGAUUGUGAACUGGUUUGAUGAAAUUGUCAAACACGACCUGAGCCACCAUGAACGACGACAACUGCUCCGUUUUGUUACUUCCGGGUACCGCAUUCCGGCCACUCGAAAAUCGCAAUUGUUUUUUCCGUUGGACGAGAAGAAGAACGUCGCCCUCAGGCAUCUACGAUGCAGCCAUAAGCUUAUGCUGCCCGUCGGAUGCGAGUCAAGGACAAACUGCGGCUGCACCUUCGCGAGUGCAUUUUAUCUGUGGACAGCGAGAUGGCGGGAUUUUUCCAGAUAA